AUGGCUUUAGAUUAUUCUUCCAUACUGAAAACUUUGGCAAGAGAAGCAGGUGUUGCCGUACCGACCACAGCCUUUUCAAAAUCAGUUUUAGGACUCUCAAAAGAAAAUGGAAGUAGUGACGGAAUAAGCAAAUGUUCGAAAUGUGGCGAGCCACUUGAUGAUUUAUUGAAUGUCUCAUAUAAAUGGCGUUACUUAUCCGAUGGAAAAGCACCAUUCCAAGGACCAAAAACUAAAAAAGUCAAGACAGGUCAUCUCGUUAAAUCGGCUAUUAAUAAAACUAAUUCGGUACAUCCUCAAGCUUUCUAUACUAGUCGAUUGCUUCAUUAUCCAAAUCUUCCAGAACCUAGAAAUUGUGAAACUUUUACACUUUUUGAUCCUACCACUGGUGAAAUACAUUCAAUGGUUCGAAAAUCUACGAAAAAUCGUGAAACAACCGAUGAACAGAAAAGCAAUAAAGGUAAAGAAAGGUCUCGAGAAGAUUUUCAAACUCAUCAUGGUAAAAAAGAUUCAAUGACAAGAAGUAUGACGAUGGGUAAAUUAGAUCGUGAAAUGUUGGACAAAAUAAAAAAUGAUCGUAGUAGUAGAAGAAAACCUCAAAAAGAAACCUGA